GCAAAAAUGAUAGGACAUGCAAAGUGGAAAUUGAUUAUUUAAAUUAAUUUUCGGCUCUUGCCAACAAUAAUGUCAUUUGUAUGAGAAACAAGAAAGAAAUAAGCAAUCAAUGGGGAAUUCUUCUUCAUCAAUCACAGAGGGAUCCAUCCACGAUUUCGUCGUCAAGGACACCAAAGAUCAAGAUGUGAGCCUCGAUAUAUUUAAGGGGAAGGUGUUGCUUGUUGUCAAUGUCGCCUCGCAAUGUGGCUACACAAACUCGAAUUACACAGAGUUAUCUGAGCUCUAUGCUCAAUUCAAGGACAAGGGUUUCGAGAUAUUAGCAUUUCCAUGCAACCAGUUCUUGAAGCAGGAACCUGGAUCAAGCCAAGAAGCAGAGCAAUUUGCAUGCACAAGAUUCAACGCUGAGUUUCCCAUCUUUCACAAGGUGAAAGUGAACGGACCAAAUGCAGCACCAGUUUAUAAGUUCCUGAAAUCAAAUAAAAAAGGACAUUGUGGGAGUAGCAUCAAAUGGAAUUUCACCAAGUUUCUGGUUGACAGAGAUGGACAUGUCAUCAAACGUUAUGGAACAUCCACCUCCCCAUUGGCUAUAGCAGUCUCUUUCUCACACACACCUCUCAUUUCUCAUACACACCUAUUCAUAUAUUCACACUGCCAGUUUAUGUGUUGCAUUGCAGGGUGACAUAAAAAAGGCUUUGGAAUUGGAAGAGACCUAAAAGGAGUUGCUGAAUUUGACACACUACAAGUGUACCAUUUUUCAUUUUGCAUUUCUUCAUCUUUUUUCUACUGUGAUAAUAUAUAAAUAUAUGAAUUUUGUUCUUUGUUUGCUAGUUAAUACAAUUAGUUUUACUCAUUA